ACAUUUUGUAACUAAGACCAUAAAUUCAGCCUUUUUCAAACGCAUUUUUCAGAAAAUCAACAAUAAAGUGUAUUUCUAGUACUUACUACGUAGUCACCAUGGCAUCGUGUCUUGUUGUACUGAUCUGGACUUUGCGUAACUUAGCUCGAGUUUGAAUGGAUCUGAGGGGCUCCUGAUUCUUGUGGUAUUAUGCACCAAUGAGAUAUGGCGGAUUAUGAUGGUGGCGUUCUAGCUGUUGGAAUAAAUGUAGAUAUACAGAGAACAGAUGGUCGUGUACAUUCGGCUAUUGUAAGUGGUAUUAAUCCCAAUACAAAAAGUGUGACAGUAGAAUGGUAUGAAAAAGGAGAAGCUAAAGGAAAGGAGAUAGAAUUGGAAGCAAUACUUCAAUUGAACCCGAAUUUAAGAUAUUCAUGUCCCAUCGUAGAUAAUGUUUAUGGAAAUGCUGAUAUCAGUCGAAACAAUUUAGUUAAAGAAGUUCCGAAUUCCUCACACCGUCCCGGAGUCAAUCUUCCUACUGAUAUACGGCAGUCUCAAAAUUCUGUUCCUGUGGCGGCUUCUGCUUCUGUUCUCGCUCCAUCUGGUAACAAAGUUAACGCCACUCAAAUAGAAUACUCAUCUAGUAAUCAAUCUCGUUUGAUUGCCCCAUCAACACGCGUUCCUGUCCCGUCUUCUCGUGUGCCUAUUGGCCAUGUUCCCACUCGCUCUACAACAAUAUCUGCCUAUGAUGACCGUACAAAUAACUCUUCUCGAUCUCAAGCUCCUCUCCCGGUACAUAAUUCUGUGGAUAUUAGUCACACUCACAAUGAAGGAUUCCGUUAUAAUGUACAUCAACAUCGUGCAAUUUCUGAUGAGCCAAUGGAUGAAGAUCUGGAACCAUCAGAAUCUGUUCAACUGGACCUCAAUGAUUAUAAUCAUGUGACCAGUAUGUUACGGGAACCUGAAAAUAAUACUUUACUCACUGAACGGAUGGAACAGGAUAUCGGUGAUGUAAUUGAAGAUAACCUUCAAUCAGGAAUAAUCAAUGGGAACCGUGGCUUUGCAGGUGAUGCUUCUCGCCGUCUGAUAGGUCGCGCAAAUUCUAAUUUAGGCGCACCUAUUGUAAAUAGUACAUUGUCUGCACUGAAUACAAGUUCACCUACUACUGCUCCUGGUGUUAACGCUGGUGCCGCAGGUGGUAGUGGAACUCUACGCAAGUCUAAUUGUGUGAAAGAAAUCGAGCGAAUACAACAGCGACGUGAAGAACGACGUGCUGCCCAAAAAGCAGUUCGUGAUCAAAUUGAUUUAGACCCAACCAAUCCUAGUUAUGAGUUUCAUAUGAUGAUUCAUGAAUAUCGAAAUACAUUGGAAUACAGACCCUUAACCAAUACAGAUUUAAUAGAAGAUCAUCAAAUAUGUGUUUGUGUACGUAAACGUCCUAUGAACAAAAAAGAACUUGGCCGUCGUGAAAUUGAUGUGAUCACAGUCCCGAAUAAACAACAUGUACUUGUCCAUGAACCAAAAACUAAAGUUGAUCUAACGAAAUAUCUUGAAAAUCAACAAUUCCGUUUUGAUUAUGCAUUUGAUGAUACAUCGGAUAAUGAACUUGUGUAUCGGUAUACUGCAAAACCUUUAGUAGAAUGUAUAUUUCAGCGUGGCAUGGCCACAUGCUUUGCUUAUGGUCAAACAGGAUCUGGGAAAACACAUACAAUGGGUGGUGAAUUUCAUGCUCGUGGUCAACAAAAUUGUUCUAAUGGAAUUUACGCCUUAGCAGCUGCUGAUGUCUUCGAUUUGAAUACAACUACGUAUAGGAAUGAGAAUCUUCGAAUUGUUGCAACAUUUUUCGAAAUAUACAGUGGGAAAGUUUUUGACUUGUUAAAUAAAAAAGCCAAACUUCGAGUUCUGGAAGAUGCUAAAGGUCAAGUUCAAAUAGUUGGAUUACGUGAAGAAGAAGUGAAUUCAGUUGAUUGUGUUUUAAAACUUCUACAACAUGGUGCACAUAUUCGAACUAGUGGUCAAACAUCAGCUAAUCAACAUUCUAGUCGUUCGCAUGCUGUCUUUCAAUUGAUUUUAAAAAAACAAUCUACGGGGAAAAUUCAUGGUAAAUUUUCACUUAUUGAUUUGGCCGGUAAUGAACGUGGUGUGGAUACAAGUAGUUCUGAUAGACAUACUCGAAUGGAAGGCGCUGAAAUUAAUAAAAGUCUUUUAGCUUUAAAGGAAUGCAUUCGUGCUCUUGGUCGGCGUGGUGCACAUCUACCUUUUCGUGCGAGUAAAUUAACUCAAGUACUGCGUGAUUCAUUUAUUGGAGAUCGUUCUCGAACGUGUAUGAUUGCUAUGAUAUCACCUGGUAUGUCCAGCUGUGAACAUACAUUAAAUACACUACGUUACGCUGAUCGUGUGAAAGAACUUGGACCAGGAACUUUGUCAGCAAGUAACAGUAAUACUGAUCUACCAGCAAAUGGUAAUACUAAUCAACCACAGUUAUCAUCUCGUAGUUCAAAUUGUACUGUUGCUGGAGGCACGGUGCCUCCUCAAAUCAACUUUCGGAAUCCUCCAAGUACUAAUAUAGGAACAAGCGGGAAUAUCUUGUCGAAAAAUUAUUACCCUUCAUCCAAUAAUAAUGAUUUUAGUAAUAACAACUGGCAGAAUGAUACAUUAACAAAUAAUCAUGUUAAUUCAAUUGCUGGCGGUGACGGUGAUUUAGCUAUGCUUCGAUCAGCUAAUGAAGGUGAAGUACCUGAGGAAGUUCUUCAUUUUCAUGAAGUUAUCGAUCAGAUUGAACGCAUGGAAGAAGAAAUUUGCGAUGAUCACAAAGCUGUUUGUCAUUCUAUGAGCGAUUGGACUAAAGAACAUUAUUCUUUAUACAAAAUAUCAAAUCAAGUGGAAUUCGAUGUUGAAGAAUAUAGUGCUCGUUUAGAAUAUCUACUUAGCAAACAAAUUAAAAUUUUAUCCUCUUUAAAAGAUAAAGUGACAUUAUGGCGCCGUGAUCUAAGACAAGAAGAAGAACUAAGCACUAAUUUACAACGAAAUCAUAAAUUAUAGUUUCUAACUCACUUUACUGAUAACAAAUCAAUACAAGUCAAUAACAUAAAUAAUAUGGAUUGUAAUUGUUGAAAUCAAUCAUGUUAUAAUGUUUCGCAUUAUAUGUAUGUAACCGUCUGUCCGUUUACAAAUUCCCGACCUUGAUGAAAGUGUUCCUAGUCAACAACAUAUUUUGUUGGUUAGAGUUUGGAUUAGAUAUUUUUUGUCAAUUAAAGAUUUACUGUGAUACGAUAAAUAGGAUUAUGAACUAUGUUCUUUUUACAGUUUGUAUGCGGUUAUAAGCAUAUCAACACAAGCAUUGAGAAGAUCUUUCGUCUUAAACACACUCCUGUUAUGUUUUAUGCUGUUGAACACAUAGUUGCUGGUAUCUGUAUGUCUGUAAAACAUGGAAAGCGUGUGCAGAUAUGGUCUGAUUAUGUAUCAUCAACCCUUGUUCUCUGUAUUUUUUUCUGUUCUCACUAUUCUUAUUCUCCCUAUUUUUUUUACUUACACCUAUACCAAAUAAAAAGUAGCUCUUCAUGCUUUCUCUCUUUACAUAUUAUCAUUUUUAAAAGUAUAAGCGUUACACAAUUCAAAAUGCAUAUACCAUCAUCAUUUUGUGAUUUGGUUGUCAAGUCUAACAUUACAUUUCAACCAAUUAAAUGCUCUUCUUCUUUAGAAUACUAUCUACAUUUCCUCCCCUUCAUUUUAAUGUAACAAUGAUCUAUUUGUGCACUAAACUAAUGUUGAUUCAUUUCUCACAUAAAAUGAAAUGUAUGUAUCUAUAUAAUCGCAAUGUAUUGAUUUCUGUUUUUAGUUGCUUUCGUAUUCAUUGACUAUUUUGCAUGUUGAGAGGCAAUGGUGUAACCUCACAAUAUUGAUAGUAUCACCACAUGUCCUAAGGACGCCAGAGUUGUUGGUUUUUAUGAACAAUUUCCUCUUCAUUUGUUCAUUCAAUAUUAUAACAAAUACAUUCUUAGGAUCGAAAAGAACACUUGAUCGAAGUUGGUAUGUCUUUCAUUAUGUUUGUGUUUCCAUCGUUACUUACCAAAUGUAAACGUCAUGAGUUUAGGUUUCAGUACAAUAGAAUCUGUUUUUCUCCUAAGUAUGUUAGUCAAAUUAUCGACUGUGUAACAUACAGAGUUGAAUCC